AUGACGCACAACCAUUCUGAAAAAGGACACCCGGGUGCCUUUGAUUUGGCACCGACCCCCAUUGCUUCAACCUUACCAUCGACCGGACCCUCAACGGGGACGACCACCCCGUCGAUACACUCUGUUGGGAAGGGGGGCAAUAAUGAAAAGCAGGUUGAGACAAUCACAGAGCGUGCCAUCCUCCCAGACCAACUCGGAACCGAACUCAGUCGACAAGUCCGCCACAAAUAUGCCUCCUCAUACAGGAAAAUAUUCGGAGUCAUAUUCACAGCCAACCUAGCUGUCUUCAUAGCCUUGAUGGCAACCAAUAAGGGUAAUCCUAACUCGCGAGAUGUGGGUAGCGCCGCAUCUGCAAACCUCAUGGUUAGCAUCUUGUUCCGUCAGGAGGAAUUCGUCAACCUUUGCUAUGAAAUCUGCGUCUGUGUCCCCCACUCUUGGCCUAUCUACAUCCGAAAGCGCCUCGCCAAGGUCUUUCACUACGGGGGUGGUCACAGUGGUGCAGGAACGGCUGCAGUAGUAUGGUAUAUACUUUACACGAUAUUGGCAACGAAAGAAUGGAUUGACGAGCCAGUGACUGACGAGUUGGUAAACAUGAUCACCAGUUGGAUCUUGGUCUCCAUGUUCAUCGUCAUCUUAACUUCAGCUCACCCCGACUUGCGCCGAAGGUUCCACGACUACUUCGAGGCUUUCCACCGUUUCGCUGGUUGGACGGCGCUGACGACUUUCUGGAUCCACAACAUCUUCUCUGCCAGAGUCACUGCCAGACAAUGGGACGCUUCCAUCGGCUACGUCCUUCUCCACUCUCCUAACUUCUGGUGUAUCUGUAUCUCAACCUCAUGCACCAUCGCCUCUUGGUCUCGUCUGCGCCACCGCGUAGUGUACCCCGAGAAGUUGAGUGACCACGCCACCCGCCUGCACUUCAAGUACCGGGGAAUGGCACCUUUCUACGGUCUUAAGAUUAGCGACAAGCCUCUGACUGAGUGGCAUGCUUUCGCCACCAUCCCCGAUACUGACCCUGAAUCUGGAAAGAUCACAGGCUUCAGCGUCGUAGUCAGUAACGCCGGUGACUGGACCAAGAAGCAAAUCAUGAAGCCCAACGAGCGAAAGCUAUGGGUCCGUGGCGCUCCCCUCCACGGUCUUCUCUACACUUCCAAGCUAUUCAAGCAAAUCGUUGUCGUCGCCACUGGAUCUGGUAUCGGACCUUGCUUGUCUCUUCUGUUCGCUGAUGCUACUCCCCGCCGCGUAUUCUGGAGUACACGAGAACCUGUUGGAACAUAUGGUGCUCAGGUUGUGGCCGAAGUUAAGCGAGCUGACCCCAACGCCGUUAUCUGGAACACCCACGAGAGGGGAUACCCGGACAUUGUUCGGGAAGUUUACCAACUCGUCCACGAAUCUAACGCUGAGGCCGUCUUCAUCAUCUCUAACCCCAAGGUGACAGAGAAGGUCGUCUACGGCAUGACCACUCGUGGUGUCCCCGCUUACGGUGCUAUUUUCGACUCUUAAACAACGGCUAUAAUGAAUGAAUGGAUCAUGACGGAAGAUUGCUAAUAUCGGCAAGUCCUCUAAACUUACUAGGGGCAUUGGGGAUGGCAAUG